AAAAAAUGGACCUUGAAAAUUCGGGGAAAGUGCAGAGGGUUGAGGAAAGUAGCUCAUAGCCUCAUACACAUAAAAUAGUAGACCAAGUCUUGCACGUCUCUUUGGAGCAAAAUUUUCAUGUAUCGCUUUGACUUCACAUUCUUUAGCUACUUCCAAUGGCUUUUAAUUCACAUUUUCAUCUCUCUGUACCCGUGAUAAGUUUUUGAGUCGAUUAUUACUUUCUCAAUUUCAAAUGAUGGGGUUGGUUUUUGGAUUUUUUAUUGGGAUACAUAUUAUCCUGUGAUAUUUUCUACAGUUGGUCUGUUACUAUCUGCUGUUGUAUUCUGAAUCCACAACCAGGAAUUUACAGAGUUCUCUUCUUCAAAUCAUUAGACUGACUGAUAUCCCAAGGUACUACAAUGGCAAGGGAGAUGUCUACAUUGUUGUUAGGAGCAACCGCUGCAGGCACAGCAAUCCAGCCGUUGGCUAUAUGGGAAGGUAUAAAGCAAGGAAAGGAAAUACUAGAAUUUAUUGGUGAACUACCCAAUUGGAUUAACUACAAUCAAACCCUUGAAGAACAUCUAGCAAAUCUUAAAAAGAAAACGGUGUCCUUACAGAGUGUAGAAGCUGAUAUUGUCAAAGAGCUAGAAAACACGGAGCAUCAGAGUGGUAGGAAACGAAAGAGGGAGGUUAGCCAUUGGUUAAGUUGUGUAAAAAGAAAAUUCGAUGAUGUCCAAAAAGUUGAAGAUAAUUUUAACACGGUGAGUUACAUUCCGAGAUUUUUGUUUCGUGCAUGGAUAGGUAGUUGCAUAGGGAAUGAAAUUCAAGAAGUGAAUGAACUUCUACAACAAGCUUCAUUUCCUACCGGACUUCUUCUUGAUGCGCGCGAUUCAGGAGAAAUUUUAGUCACAAACACGUUGAAUGGUGAAGUUGCUGCUCGAAAGUUGGAUGAAGUUUGGGAACAAAUCCUCAGUCCCAUCGCCUUAAGGAUUGGCGUGCACGGACCUGAAGGAAUUGGGAAGACCGCCAUCUUGGCUGAAGUUUAUAACCGUCUAUGCCCAUUUUGUCGUGUUUAUUAUGUGAACGUACCUCAAGACUGUAGUGUAUACCGUCUACAAGAAUGCAUUGCGGUAGAAAUGAAGGUGAUUCUACCACAAGCAGAAAAUCGGAGGGCAGGAAGAAUACUUAAUGUGCUCAAGAAAAUGCAAGAGUUUGUACUUAUUUUAGAUGGAUUGUCCCAAGAAUUUUGUCUUACUGAUGUAGGGAUCCCUAUGGAAGGAAAUAAAGGAAAACUGAUACUGGCAUCUAGAAGUUUAGAUGUUUGUCGAAAAAUGUUGUGCCAGGCAACUGUUUCCCUAGAACCCAUGUCUAUGGAAGACUCGAAAAUUUUGUUCAUGGAAAAACUAGCAUCCAAUGCUCCCCUUUCCGAAGAAAUUAGGAGUGUUGCUGCUGAUAUAAUACGGAAAUGCAAUGGUAUUCCCUCGAGGAUUAUCGAUAUGGCAGUACAACUACGAGGAGUUGCUGAUGUUCAUGAUUGGAGGUGCACGCUGUCGGAAAUGUGAAAUCAAUCUGUCAACAGACGAAUAAUGAAACUACCAACACAGCAGGUUUCCUACAUUUUGUAUUGUUUGUUAUUGUGUUGUUCAGGAGGUUCAUUCUGAAAUUCCUCUUGCAGAAUUGUAGUUUUGUUGAUAACUCCAGUGCAGAUGUAUUCCUUGAUAUUAAUUUUUGAUAUAAACCUCUAAUUUGAUAUUGAACACCCA